AUGAAAGCAGUGUUUUGUACAUCAUCCAAGCAAAGCAUCAUAAGCGCUGAUCAAGACUCGAUGAGCUUUCGACGCAAGUCCACCGGUUCCUCGUCAUCACUACGCAGCGGGACCAAGCCGUUUCUCAAUGGUCAGACACUCGUGUCCUCUGGAAUAAACGAGUUAGACGCAGCUUUGGGCGGUGGUUUGCUGUUGCGUACGUUAAAUGUGGUGGAGACGUCCGUGCCCGUCUCUGACGCUACGUCUUCUCGUCUCGACUUGAGCUCCGGGUCCUCCGAAGCUCUGGCCAUUGAUAUGCUACGAUAUUUUGUGGCUGAAGGCGUCGUCGACGGCAAGCAACGCGUUGCAGUAGUGUCCCCCGAUGCGACGGCGUUUGUCAACGAGCAACUGCCGCUGGAGCUGAGCCUUGCCCAACGUCAAGUGAAGCAGCAGCUCGCAGACAAAGCGAAGGAUGAUGCACCGUUGACUAUCGCGUGGCAGUAUGGCAAGUACGACCAGAAGCAACAGAAUCAGAAGCAACGGUUCUGCCACAGCUACGACCUGUCCAAGACGAUGCAUCGGGAGAUGGUGGCGGCUAAUGAGCCCAUUGCCAUCGAUCCGUUGAGUUGGAUAACGGGGACUGACGUUGGCGACACGUACGAGCGUAUUUACCUUGCGAUCGAGGAGCUAGCGCAGCAGCAGAAAACGGAUGGAGACGGCCAAGUGUUGCGUGUUGGAAUACUUGGGUUGGGAUCGCCGUUAUUUGGACCUCCUGACGCUGCGCAUAUGAUGGCACUGUUCGGGUUCUUCAGAAGGCUGCGGGCACUGCUAAGCCAAUCGACGGGUGCCGUGUGUCUUGCGUUGCUAGGUAGUGAUGCGGUGAGCGCCUUCCCUGCUGCGUUUAUCAAUGAGCUUCGGCAUCUGAGCGACUCCGUGCUGACGCUGAGUUCCUUUGCUGGCACGCGGGAUCUGCUACCUGAUGAACUGCAAGAGUUCCAAGGCUCUUUGACUUUGCUUAAACUGCCACGUGUGCAUGCUCUGGCAUGCCACGCACCAAGCAAUACACGCUUCGGUGUCAAACGGGAGCGUCGGAAGCUGAAGGUGGAGAAAUUCCACCUCCCACCCGAAGGCUCACGCAGCAGCAGCAAUAGUUCCAGCAGCUGCGGCGGUAACACAUCCAGUUCCGGUGGUACCGACCUGCUAGCGUUCUAA